AUGUUGGUAUCCAGGGGCCACACUGUCACUGGGGCUCUGCCCAUCUGGGUGGCCUUUGCUGUCACCUGGGACCAUGGUAACAUCCAGACCCAGGUUGCUACCAAGGACCAUGUCUGGGUCAAUGGUCGUACUCCAGCUAGGCACCAUGGCCCAAUAACCCUUGGUGACCAUCUGCUAAACACUCUGGAGGAGCUGCUGCCCUAUGACUUCGAGAAGUUCAAGUUCAAGCUGCAGAACACCAGCCUGGAGAAGGGCCACUCCCGGAUCCCCCGGGGUCAUCUGCAGAUGGCCAGGCCAGUUAAGCUGGCCAGCCUGCUGCUCGCCUACUAUGGGGAGAAGUACGCUGUAAGACUGACCAUGCAGAUCCUGAGGGCCACCAACCAGCGUCUACUAGCAGAGGAGCUUCGUAAGGCCACAGGGCCAGAACAUUUAACUGAAGAAAAUAGAAUUGGUGGUCCUGUCCAGUCUUCUGGAGAGAAUAAGCCCAAGAGUGUGAAAGUACCAGAGGUCCUGGAAGGUGACGGGACAAGGCAGAGUGGUGAUGGAUCAGAUGGCCUGCCACCCAGCCAGUCUGAAGUGGAGAAGGGGUCCCAGAAGAAGUCUCUGGUCAAAAGGAGGGAUCCAAGGGGCCCUGAGAGCCUGGACUCACAGACCAAGCCAUGGGCCAGGGGCACAGCACCACCCUACAGAAGAAGCCUGGUCACCACCCAGUCCCCAGGGACAAGGGAGAGCAGGGCAAAUGCCCAGCUCCGCAGGAAUGCCAGCUCUGCGGGAAGGCUGCAGGGACUCUGCAACAAUGUCCCGGGUAAGAGAGAUUGCAAGAAAGCUGAAGCAUAUCUGCCCUCAGGAAAGCAGCGACCCAAAAGUCUUGAAAUUACCACGUAUUCAAGCCAAGGAGAGCCCCCAAAUUCAGAAGCUCUUCUGACUCCCGAGGAAACAAUGAAUGGGAAGCCACACUUGGCCCCUACUUCCAUGAGAAUAGCUGUCCUGAAUGAAGGGCCUACUGGGGCUCUAGAAAAGGGUUCAGGGAAUCCAGAACUUUCCAUGGUCCCCAGUGAAGAAACAUUCAGGAACACGCCUUCCAAAACAUCGUCGAUUGGUGAGGAGAAAAGCACUACAUCCUGGGAGGAAAAUGAAACUGGGAGUCCAGAGGCCCCUGCGAGCUUGGGGAAGAUGGCGGUCAGCACGUGCUGUGAGCCCUGCGAUCCAGAAGAGCCUUUGCCACUAUGUGAAAAACCAGCCCAAACCCCAGAAGACCCAGCAUCCUUAGUAUCGACAGCUUGUAAAGGAAGGUCACAGGACAAGGCUGCGUGUCCUCUUUGCCACACCCAGGAAGGAGACCUGCAUGGUGGUACCUGUGUGCAAAGUUCCUGCAGCUGCUCUAUUGCUCCCGGGGAUCCCAAGGCCCCAGGCAGAUGCUCACCCAUAUGCUCCCAGUGCCAAGGUUCACUUGCAGGAAAGAGCUGUGGAGACCAGAGCCCCCAGCCCCUACCACAGUGCCCACGUCACAUGAAGCAGGUGCAGCUGCUCUUCUGUGAGGACCACAAGGAGCCCAUAUGCCUCAUCUGCAGGCUGAGUCAGGAGCAUCAAGGUCAUCGAGUGCGUCCCAUAGAGGAGGCUGCACUGGAGUAUAAAGAGCAAAUCCAGGAGCAGCUGGAGCGUCUGAGGGAGCUGAGGGGAUGUGUGGAGAGAUACAGACUACAGAGAGAUAAGAAGACAGAGAACUUCCUGAAACAAACAGAAACCCAGCAGCAGAAUAUUUCAUGUCAGUUUGAGAAGCUGUACCAAUUCCUGGAGCAGCAAGAGCAGCUCUUUGUGACCUGGCUACAGGAGCUAGGCCAGACCAUUGGCAAGCUCCGAGAGACAUAUGACACCCAAAUUUCCCGAGACAUUGCCCUCCUGGAUGAACUUAUUGGAGAACUAGAGGCCAAGCAAGACCAGCCAGAGUGGAAGCUCAUGCAGGACAUUGGAGUCAUGUUGCACAGGGCCAAGAUGGUGACUGUCUCUGAGCCACUGGUCACUCUUCCAGAUGUCAGAGAAAAGAUCCACCUGCUCUACCAGAAAUCAAAGUUUGUGGAAAAGAGUAUGCAGUACUUCUCAGAAACACUGCGCUCUGAAAUGGAAACAUUCAGUGCUGUGGAUGAGGCAAAAUGGGGAGAGCGUUGGCCUAGCACACCACAGGCCCAGGGUUUGAUUCCCAACACUUACCUAAAAUGGGAUGGUGGAAACACACAGGACCAUGAUAUAGCACUUUAUCCAGAAGUAGAAGCUGGAGGAUCAGAACCUCAGGAUUACCUUCAGCCUCAACAAGCUCAAGGCACGCCUGAGCUACAUGAGACCCUUUCUCAGAACAACAAACGAAAACUUAGAUCUUUCCUGAAAUGGAAGCCUUCAUUUUCCAGAACUGACUGGUGCUCAGGAACAUGCUGUUUCCGGAAUUCUGAUCCAGCAACUGCUCACCCCAACCUCAACUUCUCUGACAUGAAGAGUGUGAGAUUUGGAAACAAAACAUACCUACUGCCUGACAGUCCCCGAAGAUUCUAAAGUUACAUCAUCACCCUUGAUACUCCUAGCCUUGACUCCAGCUGCCAUCACUGGGAGGUGGAAUUUGGGAGUGUGCAAAACUUCCACACCGGAAGUGCCUCACCGAAAGUGGUCCCACAGAAGCGGAAACAUCCGGCCUCCCAGAAGGAACUAGUUUUCAAUGUCCUCUCAGCGGAAGGCGGCAAGUUCCAAAAGGUUGCUGACAGUCUUUGA